GUGUGAAACAUUAAGCUAGAGAGUGCUUUGGGAUAAAAGAGGAAGCAGCCUGCACAAGGAGGCAGAGAAAGGAGAGAAAACCUGUGUUAUGAAGAGUGGGAGAAGAGAGGACAAGAUCUAUGAGAUUACCGAUUGUGACUUGGACUGUCGGAUUACCCCCCUUGUGUACCGAACUGGAUUGGCUGAGGACCCGAGUUUUAGGAUUACACCUGGAGAACAGAAUGGACAACGAGAACGGCUUGUGGACUGUGAAGUAAUUGGUGAAUUCCCCCUUAUUCCCCAGUGUACCAAAAUCCCUAAUAAACUCCCCAUUUGUAUUCUAGUUGUGCUACUGGUGCAUGUUUUGUUAUUGAACUUGGUGAUGUGGAAACCCCACGCCUGCUACAUAUGGUGGAGAAUGCGAGCAACCCAAACCAAGCUCAAUAACUAAACAGACACAGAGCACAAUGGUGGAGGCGAACAUAGCACAGCAGGCUGUGCACUGGAAGCUGCUGGAUGAACAGCGUCAGCAGAACGCUCUCCUGCGAGCUGAACUCAGUCAGCUGACAGCUGCCCAGGCUGGCAUAGUGGCAGGCGCAGCAGUCUCUUGUCCCAAACCCAGUAGGUUUAUACUGAAGCUGACAGAGGCUGACGGCAUUGAGGCAUGCCUUCGAGAGGACGGCGGCUAGGGAUAAAUGGCCCCACAGAAGACCUAUCUAGUUGACCAGGCGAUGCAUUACGAGGUGCUGAAAAAGGAGAUCCUGCACCGAUCAGGUGCAGCCCAUGGAAAUGCAGAUUCCUCUCCAGGAGGGAUGCUCUAGGGAAUUGGUCCGCUCUAGGGAGCUGGACUGAGGAGGGGGGUGUAGCAGACGGCAGGGAGAGGUGAGGUUAUUGAGGGGAGAUAUCUUGCAGCCCGCUAGCUCCACCCCCAAGCCUUAUAUAGACGUCCUGCCCCAACGAGGAGAGGCUAAUAGAGAAAGCGGCCUGCACAAAGAGGCAGAGAAAGUGAAACGUGCGUUAUGAAGAGUGGGAGAAGAGAGGACAAUAUCUGUGAGAUUACCGAUAGUGACUUGGACUGUCGGAUUACCUCCCCUUGUGUACCGAACCGGAUUGGCUGAGGACCCGAGUUUUAGGAUUACCCCUGGAGAACGGAAUGGAGAACGGCUUGUGGACUGUGAAGUAAUUGGUGAAUUCUCCCUUAUUCCCCAGUGUACAAAAAUCCCUAAUACACUUCCCAUUUGUAUUCUAGUUGUGCUACUGGUGCAUGUUUUGUUAUUGAACUUGGUGACGUGGAAACCCCACAGCCUGCUACAAUACAUUCUAUCAAUAUAUACUGAGUAUAUAAAACAUUAUUUCCAUAACAAAGACUGACUAGGUGAAAGCUAUGGUCCCUUAUUGAUGUCACUUGUUAAAUCCACUUCAAUCAAUGUAAAUGAAGGAUUGUGUAUGUGUGCCAUUCAGAGGGUGAAUAGGCAAGACAAAAUAUUUAAGUGCCUUUGAACGGGGUAUGGUAGUAGGUGCCACGCGUGCCAGUGUGAGUCAAGAAUUGCAACACUGGUGGGUUUUUCACACUCAACAGUUUCCUGUGUGUAUCAAGAAUGGUCCACCACUCAAAGGACAUCCAGCCAACUUGACACAACCGUGGGAAGCAUUGUGAUCAACAUGGGCCAGUAUCCUUGUGGAAUGCUUUUGACACCUUGUAGAGUCCAUGCCCUGAUGAAUUGAGGAUGUUCUGAAGGGAAAGGGGGAGUAAAAUGCUAUGCAUUGUAGUUUUAAUCACUGGAAGUCAAUGAAAACUCUUGAGGAUGAGUUCAGUUAUUUUCCUCCCUACUCCAGGGAGAGCUAGGCUUGCCUGGACCAUCUGGACUGGAUGGGGAGAAGGGUCCAAAGGGAGAUAUGGGGGAGACAGGGUCAAUCGGAGAGAAAGGAGAGAAAGGAGAGAUGGGUCUCUCUGGGCCAGGGGGAAUAAAUGGACAGAAGGGAGAGAUGGGAGACUCCAGGCUGGAAGAUAACCUGGUUCAGAUGAUUUCUCAGCCGGGCCCCCCAGGACUCCCAGGCCCGCCAGGACUCCCCGGACCUCCAGGGUACAUGGGUCACCAUGGAAUGUCUGGCCCUAAGGGAGAGCCUGGAGACAGAGCUAAAGGGGAAAAGGGAGACGUUGGACCUGCUGGACUGAGGGGUAUGGACGGUCCUCAGGGUCCCCCUGGUCCCACAGGAUUGGUGGGUCUCCCAGGCACAAAAGGAGAGAAGGGCAAGUCCGGGGAGCCUGGAAUGGAUGGUUUCCCAGGCCUGAUUGGUGAGAAGGGAUCCCGGGGAGACAGAGGAGACAAGGGUGACCGGGGGACGAUGGGGAAGAGAGGUCUGAAGGGCGGGAAGGGGGAGCAGGGUCCUCCUGGACUGGACCAGCCCUGUCCUGUGGGUUCUAAUGGGACUAAAGGACUUUCUGAUGAAGGGGUACAGUCCACCCCUCCUCCUCUUCCUCCUUCUGGCCCUGAGCCCCCCUGUCCUUUGGGGCAAGAUGGACUGCCCAUACCAGGAUGUUGGCACAAGUGAUGACUAACAUCAAGCGUGGCCACUGUACAUAUUGAUAUGGUAUAUAUUGCAACUGAAUAGUACAUUGCUUUUUUGUUAUUUUUUGCCUUUUUAUGGAAACGUUUUAUAUAAUAUAUUGAGCUUCUUCUUUUUUUAAAUCAUGGACGUUAUUUUGAGUCAACAGUAUUAACCAGACUGGAUAUGUCUAUCGAUACAGAUAUUUUUUGUACACCUUUAGAUGUGAAGUAAAAUGUAGUAAAUGGAACACAGCCACCUUGGAGCAACAUCGGGUACGAGAAAUAUAGGAGCAAACAGACUCCUAACCUAACAGACAGACAGACUGAUGGGCGGAUGGACGGACAGACUCACGUGUUGCUGGAGGGUUGAUGAAUAGGGAGAGUGGGUAAUGACUGCCUUACUAAUGGAGUAUCGUCUGCCCUGUUGCUGCCUGGCCCUGUUGCUGCCUGGCCCUGUUGCUGCUUGACCCUGUUGCUGCCUGACCCUGUUGCUGCCUGGCCCUGUUGCUGCCUGGCCCUGUUGCAGCCUGGCCCUGUUGCUGCCUGGGGGUGUGUGCUUGCUCCACCCUGCUCGAUCCCAUGGAUGGACAGACCUCCUGGUGUGAUAGACAGAGGAGUGUAGUCAGUGCUCUCUUCUCCUCUCUCUGUUUUUGA